CCAUCAGAGCAGAGGGCAGAAGGGUACAGUCCUGCAGUCCAGCUCAAACAUGGCGGGCCGCAGGGGCGACGGGUUGCGAUCUUGGUCCGGGUCUGCCACCGACUCCCCAUCUGUAGCGGCGCCCGCGUAUGAGGCGCAGAAACCGAGGAAGAGGAGGAGAGCUUUCUGCCUGACCAGGAUGAAGUCCCGCAACAGCUCCGGCAAACAGCACCAGCAUCAACCCGCCGCAAACAACAACAACAUGCCGUUCAUGAUCCACUGCCAGAUCGGCAAGGAGAUCAAACACAUCUGCAGCAACUGCCGGGGAGCCGAGCCGCUGGACGCUGAGGAAGUGGAGAGGUUGGCAGCGAUGCGCUCUGAUUCGCUGGUCCCAGGCACACACACACCUCCCAUUCGGCGGCGGAGCAAAUUUGCCACCCUGGGACGUCUGUUUAAACCCUGGAAAUGGAGGAAGAAGAAGAGUGAAAAGUUUAAGCAGACCUCUGCUGUGUUGGAGAGGAAAAUGUCCACUCGCCAGAGCAGAGAAGAGCUCAUCAAGAAAGGAGUGCUGAAGGAGGUUUACGAGAAAGACGGCUCUUCCCUGGCUAUACGAGAGGAAGUGAAGAUGGAGAACGGGCGUUCUCCGGUGCUCGGCUCUGGCCUGUCAGAGUCUGAAGUUAGUGAGCUGAUGGAGGGAGCUGCUGCAGGUGUAGAGUUUCAGAUGUCUAGUGAGGGUGCAUGUCAACAGGACCAAAAAUCCAGCCAGGCUCCGCCCACGAAGAAGUCCACUCUGUAUCCGGCUGACGGCGCUGAAUCAACGUUCUCCAGACCUCCUACACUACACAAACAACCUCCUGCGCUACCACCCAAACCCUUCAACAGGCUACCUAAUCACAUUACAGACGGUGCCCCGGUGAAGUUGCCAUGUAUGUCGGGGAAGUUAUCUCCUCCUCUACCUCCAAAGAAGCUCAUGAUCUCCGUACCUGCAGGGAGCAUGGAGCCCUCUUCGCUCGCCUUCCAGAAGUGCCCCGCCCCUCACAGCCAUGCUCCAAUGGGCGGGCACUCCCUGCAGUAUGGGACGCUACCUGUUCCCCACCACCCUCCCAGCCGAAUAAUAGAGGAGCUCAACAAGACCCUGGCCCUCACCAUGCAGAGGUUUGAGAGUUCCAUGAUGCAUGCUGGUCCCACGGUGAUGAUCGAGUGUGACGACGACAAAGAGAACCUCCCCAACGAGGCGGUCUACGAGGACCUGCCUGGUAUGUACAAGGACGAAGAAGAGGAGGAGGAGGAGGAAGAAGAGGAGGAGGAGGAGGAGGAAGACGAGGAUGAGGAUGAGGAAGAUGAGGAGGAAGAUGAGGAUGAUACAUUGUUUACAAGCACACUGGCCAUGAAGGUUUUACGAAAGGACUCUCUGGCCAUCAAGCUGAGUAACCGUCCAUCAAAGAGGGAGCUGGAGGAGAAAAACAUUCUGCCGCUGCAGUCGGACCAAGAAAGGCUUGAGUUUCGACAACAAACAGCCACCAAACUGACCAGGCGGUUGAGUCAACGGCCGACAGCAGAGGAACUGGAACAGAGGAACAUACUCAAACCUCGAAACGAUCUGGAGGAGCAGGAGGAGAAGAGGGAGAUCAAGAGACAUUUGUCCAAAAAGCUCAGCCAGAGGCCCACAGUAGAGGAGCUGAGGGAGGCGAAAAUCCUCAUCCGCUUCAGUGACUAUGUGGAGGUUGCAGAGGCUCAGGACUAUGACAGAAGAGCAGACAAGCCCUGGACUCGGCUAACUGCUGCUGAUAAGGCUGCCAUCAGGAAGGAGCUGAAUGAGUUUAAAAGCACAGAGAUGGAGGUGCACGAAUCAAGCCGUCAUUUUACCAGGUUUCAUCGGCCAUAAAAUUGUUCAGUCAGACCUCGGUCAUGCUUUUAUACUCCCACACAGAGCCUCAAGUGUUCAGACUGUUACCCUUUCCAGUGUCGACUCCAAACUGACAGACUGGACAUGAACACGAUCUGUGUGCUACAGCCAUUACAAGAAACGGGAAUAAAGACUUACAGAAGUA